UUCCAUUUCACCCUUCGACCUUUCGUCUGCGGCUUGAGCAGGCACUCACUACAUCCUUGCUACUCCUACGGCUGCGGCCAUAAACCCUACCAGCCACAGGCCACCGUCUCCUCUCCACGCGCGUGGUGCGCCGUCCAGAUCGCCGUUCCACCUGCGGUCGGCCAUCUUUCGAGUUCGCAAAUCGCGAGUCGCGGCUGCCAGCCUGCAUCUAGAGAAGUAUGGUUGAGGAGGUCAAAGGAGGUAUGGUGGUUCCUGAAUCAGUGUUGAAGAAGAGGAAGAGGAAUGAGGAGUGGGCUCUUGCAAAGAAGCAAGAUCAAGAAGCAUCAAAGAAGAAGAGUGCAGAGAAUCGCAAGUUGAUUUUCAGCAGAGCCAAAAAGUAUGCAAAGGAGUAUGAGGAGCAGGAAAAGGAGCUGAUCCAUUUGAAACGUGAAGCAAAGCUUAAGGGAGGGUUUUAUGUUAAUCCAGAAGCCAAGCUGUUAUUUAUUAUCAGAAUACGAGGGAUCAAUGCCAUGCAUCCAAAGACCAGAAAGAUUUUGCAGCUCCUGCGCUUAAGACAGAUAUUUAAUGGUGUGUUUUUGAAAGUAAACAAAGCUACUAUGAAUAUGUUGCAUAGGGUUGAGCCUUAUGUGACUUACGGGUACCCAAAUUUGAAGAGUGUGAGAGAAUUGAUUUACAAGAGAGGUUAUGGGAAAGUAAACAAGCAGAGAAUUGCUUUGACUGACAAUUCCAUUAUUGAACAGACACUUGGUAAGUUCGGAAUUAUUUGCAUUGAAGACCUGAUCCAUGAGAUCUUGACUGUGGGACCCCACUUCAAGGAGGCAAACAAUUUCUUAUGGCCUUUCAAACUUAAGGCACCACUGGGUGGCCUAAAGAAGAAGAGAAACCACUAUGUUGAAGGAGGUGAUGCUGGAAAUCGCGAGGAUUACAUCAACGAGCUCAUUAGGAGGAUGAAUUAGAGAUUAGUUUCUUACUGUGUUUCAUCCUUCAGUGUCGCGAGGCCCUCAGCAACCAUUGAUUGAAGCAACAUUAGGUUUUUGUCCUAUCCUUUUUGUUAAGUAAAAUUGCCAGUAUCAUAAAACAUAGACUCAUUGGCAUUGUUGUUGACAAUUCUGUCUCUUUAAAAUUUUCAUUUAUCGAAACUUCACAUUUCUCAGGCCUACAUAUUAAUUUAAAUUUUGAACUUUAUGCUUUUAAAA